AUGGAGCCUAAACAUCGUGAUACUACUGGUGAAAGAAUGCCUAAAACUGGUUAUAUAAAUCAUAUUACAAAUGAUGAUCGUGAAGUAGAAAUGGACAAUAAUUUACAAAAAGUUGAUAGUUAUCUUGAAAACUUAAAACAUAUAGCAGUUGAUAUGGGUCAUGAAAUCACAAAUCAAAAUCAACAGAUUGAACAUAUUACAAAUAAAACUGACGUUGGAAUUGAACGUGUAAAUGAGGCUAAUGUACAAGCAAAAGACUUGCUUCAAAAUGGUUAA